ACAUUUGAAAAUUCCCUCCCCCUCAAUCUCUUCUUCGUCGUCUGGAAUUUUUUCAGCGAUCAAACGGUCACCGUUCGCCAUCUGAUACUAACACCCUAUUCCCGAAGGCAGCUGGCUUAAAUUUGUACUGUCAAAAUGCCUAGUGAAGCAAAUCCCAGCCGUUUGAAGGAUUUUAAGAACAAAGGAAGGGAUGUUGAGGAAAUGAGGCGGAGACGUACUGAAGUAAAUGUAGAACUUCGCAAAGCAAAGAAAGAAGAUCACUUGUUGAAGCGUCGUAACCUUGAAGUUGAUGAUGAGCCACUCAGCCCACUUCAAGAACAGAACCGUAUGGCUGCAGCUAACAUGAGCAUUGAUGAUAUUGUCAAUGGUAUCAACAGUGGAGAUGAAAAUAAGGAGAUUACUGCAACUCACGCUGCACGGAAAAUUCUCAGCAGAGAACGUAAUCCACCCAUUGACAUCCUCAUCAAUGCGAAUGUUGUUCCAAAGCUUGUGGAGUUCCUUAGCAGAGUCACAAACCCCGACCUUCAGUUUGAAUCUGCAUGGGCUCUAACCAACAUAGCAUCAGGCACUUCAGAUCAGACAAAAGCUGUUGUAAAUGCUGGUGCUGUUGCUGGUUUCAUUUCUUUGUUGGCCUCUCCUCACCCAGUUGUGGCUGAGCAAGCAGUAUGGGCACUCGGAAAUAUUGCCGGUGAUGGCCCUGAGCUACGAGAUCACGUUAUUGAGCAAGGAAUUAUCAAGCCCUUGCUUGGCUUGAUAAAACCCGAUACUUCGGCUACAUUCUUGCGUAAUGUGACGUGGACUUUGUCCAACUUGUGCCGCAACAAGAAUCCUCCACCCAGCGUCCCAGCAGUCCGGCAACUGCUGCCCGCUUUAGCUCAUUUGAUACACAACACUGACAAAGAGAUUCUUGCAGAUGCAUGUUGGGCGCUUUCUUAUCUUACUGAUGGCCCCAAUGAACGUAUCCAAGAAGUCGUUGAUGCUGGUGUUGUGCCGCGCCUUGUUGCAUUAUUGGAUCAUCCCGAAGUUGCUGUCAUUACUCCUACCUUGCGUACGAUUGGCAAUAUUGUCACUGGAAGUGAUACCCAAACGGACUCGGUUCUCGCUGCUGGCGCCUGCCCGUUGUUGGCCAAAUUGCUUGAACAUUCCAAGAUGAACAUAGUCAAGGAGGCAGCAUGGACUGUAUCGAAUAUUGCUGCUGGUAAUGCCGUUCAAAUUCAAGCGCUGAUCACCAAUAACGUCAUCCGCCCAUUGGUUGAUGUGCUGGGCAAAGGCGACUUCAAGUGCCAAAAAGAAGCCGCAUGGGCCAUCACUAACAUCACUUUAGGUGGCAAUGUUGAGCAGAUAGCUCUGCUAUGUCAGUUUGGAGCCAUUGCACCACUGUGCAGUUUGCUAGAGGCUAAGGAACCCAAGACUAUCCUGGUGGUAUUGGAUGGCCUAGCCAAUAUUUUGGCCGCUGCAGAGAAAAUGGGUGAACUAGAAAAGGUCUCGCUUCAUGUUGAGGAGUGUGGUGGCCUUGAUCGCGUGGAAGCUUUGCAGAGCCAUGACAAUGUUGAAAUUUAUCAUAAAUCGUUGGCUAUUCUUGAACAAUACUUCUCCACCGAGGGCGAUGAAGACUCGGAGCUGGCGCCAUCUACAUCACAGGGCGGAAAUUUCGAAUUUAGCCAAACAUCUCAAGCCCCUGAAGGAGGUUUCUCUUUCUAAUUUUGUAAUCUACAUUCUAUUUUUCUGCCUUUACAACGGUAAAAAUAUUCUUCAACGCUGUCCUAAUUAUUAGUUUUGGUCUCCCUUUAAAAAAAAAAUUUCUUUCAAAUUGUUUUUUAAUUGAAGUUGCCAUUUGCAUUCAUUUCUGUCCAUGCACGACUUCUUCUUUCCUCUUUCCUAUGCGCGAUAAACGAGCAAUACAAAACAACUCAAUUGAGUAAAUGAGUUGGAAAACUGCUGGUUUUUUCGAUGUUUAACCAGUCGAAAUAUCCAAUGCGGCUUGUCAAUCUUGUAUAAUAAACCCGGCAACGUAGCC